CUACCUGGGAAGCGUCAGUUGGAAGUUGUGAACGAUCAAGAUGACACAUCUGAAGGAAAUUAGCGCCGGAGCGGCGAUAUUUUUCGUGUUGUUUAAUAUUUCUGUGACAUACGCAGCUCCCCAGUUUGGUGGUUUCGGCCAAGCCAACGCAAACGCUCAGGCUAGUGCUGGCGGUUUUGGCGGUGGAGGCUUCGGGCCAAAUCCGUACUACCAGAGGUAUGGUGGCGGCGGCUUCGGACAAGGCGGCUUUGGACAAGGCGGAUUCGGUCCUCGACGAGGUUUUGGUCAAGGAUACGGCCAAGGUGGAUUCGGACAAGGCGGAUUUGGCCAAGGAGGAUUUGGACAAGGAGGAUCUCUCAGUAUUUCUAAAAGCAUCUCCAUCAGCAGGGGAGGGGCUUCACAAUCUAGUUCAAGUGCUGGAGCGAGUGGAAAGUAAUAUUGGAUUUAGGAAUAAUAGAACUAUAGCCAAAUAAUGUACCAUUCUAAACUUUUUUUUAAAUAAAAAAAAGAAAUUCUAUAAG